AUGAGUUCGAGCAAUCCCUUCGACGGCAGCCAUGGCCACUCCGGCGCAAGCAGCAGCUCCUCCGCGAACCGCCACAACCCCGGCCACGACCAAAACCCGCGAAAGUACAUGACUGUUGGAUCAGGCUCGAUAUCGGAGAGUGCCUCGCGGCUUCAGGCGCUUCUGGAUGAAGAUUCGGGAUAUGGAGGAAGCAUAACGGGAGAUGAUACGAUGGAGAAUGAUUGGCAUCCAGGGCCCUCGGCCGAUCGAUUCACUCCAGAACAUACUCCCGUCAACCCAGGAGAGACCACUUCGGCAUCAGAGAAUGAAAGACGUGCGCUUGCAAGCCAUGUCCAUCAGCUCUUCUACAAUCAGAACCGGACAGCCUUGGGUCGGGCGAUCAAUCAAACGGUGGAGACUCUCAAGAAGCUGCAAGAGAUGAACGCGAAAUGGCCGGCACAUUACCCAACUGUUCAGAGACCACCUUCUCCCCAGCCCUCGCGCCCAGAGGCUCGACCUGGAAUGCCGCACACACAAUCUACUUUCCACGUCGACGGACACGAAUCCAGUUCUUCAAGGCCACAGCCCCCUCGCCGCGCAGGUACAUCGCUUGGUGAGCUGAGUAAUUCGUCAUUGGCACAGUCCAGUGCAGAUGCUGGGGAAGAAGCGCCUCCGCCAGAACCAAGACUGGUCACCCCUCAGCUGGCGCAGGACUUCUCUGUCUUGAAGAUUGAGCUCAAGAUGGAUGGUCUUGCCCAGUCUGAGAUUGUGCAUUCUUUGGAGAAGCAGUCUGUCGCAUCUUUGUUGGACAACCAAAUCAACAACAGCAUUCGACAUUUGUUCUCUCUCAGAGAGCGGAUCGAAGACACAUCGAGCAAGGUGUUGGUGACUGGCGAUCUCAAUGCUGGCAAGUCGACCUUCUGCAACGCUCUUUUGCGCCGCAAGAUUCUCCCGGAAGAUCAACAACCUUGUACCAGCAUAUUCUGCGAAGUACUGGACUGCCGAGAGAAUGGCAGCGUGGAGGAAGUGCAUGCAAUUCCCCACGGCUUGGUCUACAACCGGAACGACGAGAGCACAUACCACGUAUACGCCCUGAAGCAAUUGGAACAAAUCGUUGUUGACGGCGAUCGCUACUCAAUGUGCAAGAUCUAUAUCAAGGACAUCCGAGCCGUGGACCAAUCGCUUCUAAACAACGGUGUCGUAGAUAUUGCUCUCAUCGAUGCCCCUGGACUGAACAACGACUCGCUCAAAACGACUGCCGUAUUUGCUCGGCAAGAGGAGAUCGACGUUGUCGUCUUCGUUGUCUCCGCUGCCAACCACUUCACGCUCUCGGCCAAGGAAUUCAUCUUUAAUGCUGCUCGCGAGAAGGCCUACAUGUUCAUGGUAGUCAACGGCUUCGACAAUAUUAGGGACAAGAAGCGCUGCCAGGAAAUGAUCCUCAAGCAGAUCGCCCACCUGAGCCCAGCCACAUUCAAGGAAUCAUCCGAACUGGUGCACUUCGUUUCCAGCAAUGCUAUACCAGUUGCUCCGGCACCCGAUGGACCUGAUGGUGGCUCGGGAGGUGGUGGCUCUGGCGGCUCGUACUUCGACAAUGGUGAUGAUGGGCCUGGCAAGGAUGAGGACGACGAUGAACCUAAAGGCAAACAUGGCGAACCUGGCUCUCCGCCCAAGGGCAAAGGCAAGGGAAAGGAGAAGGAGGCGAUCGACGACUUCAGCGAGUUGGAGGCAUCGCUGAGACGAUUUGUCUUGGAGAAGCGCGCUCGAUCGAAGCUUGCACCGGCUAAGACGUACUUAAUGAACGUGCUCGGCGACCUCAACACUCUGGCAAGUGUCAACAAAGACGUUGCUCAAAGUGAGCUUGACCGGGUCACCGAAGAGCUUCGUAGAUUGGAGCCGGUGUUUGAGAAGUCGAAGAAGGCGCGCACAGAUGCCGACGAAGACGUUGCAAACAGCAUCGAGGCAACGUCGAACGAUGUAUACGCACUUACGCGAAACACACUCACCGAUUCGAUCUCUCGGGUGGCGGACAGCGACCUUGGAGUGCAGUACCCUGGCAUUUUUGGAGCGUACAACUACGCAGACGAUCUCAAAGAGGCCAUGUUGAAUCAAAUCACCGAAACAGUGAGGUGGUGCGAAGAAAGAGCCCGAGAAAAGACUGUACAGGGCGUGAGCAGCAUCAAGUCUCUAGGUCUGCUGCAUCUUGGCGACCAAUACGUCGACCUCACGUUCAGAUCAGAGAAGAUGUUCAAGAGCCGACGAGACGCGCUUGCACGACAGGUCGAUUUCGAAACAGAAGUCUGGGACUUUUUCGACGUGGCCAGCCUUUGGGAACGACAAGAGAAAGUCGCUGGCACAAGCAUGGCUGUCACUGUUGCCGGUGUAGUCGGCGGCAGGAUGCUGGGCGGUCUAGGAUGGAUUGAUGGCGCUUUAACUGCCACGAAGGUUGUGGGACCUAAUAACUUGAGAAGGCUACUGGUACCAGGGCUGAUCUUAGCUGUGACGCUUGGCGUAUCAUACGCUGUAUCACAGAUCCCACAAUCACUCCCUCGCCGACUAAGCACCAAACUUGCUGCGCAGCUGGCAUCCCUGGACUACACGCACUCCAACUCGCUCCGCAUCAGCUCGGAGGUGCGUCGCGCUCUCAAGUAUCCCGCAGACAAGCUCCGCGAGGGUCUGCAGAGGAACGUGGAGCAUUUUCAAGAACAGAAGAAAGAGACUGUCAAGGUACAGACCGAGAGCGAAGUCGCAAGAAAGUACUUCGGCAACCUUGUCCGUGACAGCAACGACAUUCGCAGCCGGGUGCAAAGAGUGGAUCUAGAAGGACCAGCUCCUGGCAUUGCAGCGAGCUAUGACAUGUAA